AUGGGUAAAAUCGCAAAGAUGGAGUACUUCCGGGUGCCGCCUAGGUGGCUAUUCGUGAAGAUCACGGACGAGGCGGGUAAUGUCGGAUGGGGUGAGGCGUCGCUGGAAGGCCAUACCCAGGCUGUCGAGGGAUGUCUCGACGCCUGGUUCGAGAGAUACUCCGGCAUGGAGGCAGAUGAUAUCGAGCACAUCUGGCAGAUGUCAUGGAGGACAACCUUCUACCGCGGUGGUCCUGUGUUUAUGAGUGCUUUGGCAGGCAUCGAUAUUGCCUUGUGGGAUCUGAAGGCAAGGAAGCUCGGCCUGCCCAUUUGGCAAUUGCUCGGAGGAAAGGUUAGAGACAAGCUCAAGGUGUAUGCCUGGAUCGGCGGUGACAGGCCCAAUGAUGUCGGAGCUCAAGCCCAGGCAAGAAAGGAUCAAGGCUUCAAGGCAGUUAAGAUGAAUGGCACCGAAGACCUCGGCUGGCUCGAUUCCCCAGACGCCCUCGACGCUGCCGUCGAGCGCGUCAAGGCCGUCAAAGCCCUCGGCAUGGACGCCGGCGUCGACUUCCACGGCCGCGUGCACAAGCCCAUGGCCAAGCAACUCGCGAAGGCUCUCGAACCGCAUCGCCCCCUGUUUAUCGAAGAGCCCCUUCUUUCAGAGCACCUGGGCGGCAUCAAGGAGAUUAGCGGCCUCACAUCUAUCCCGAUCGCCCUCGGAGAACGUCUCCACAGCCGCUGGGACGUGAAGCCGUUCCUAGAGGCGGGCUGCGUUGAUAUUCUGCAACCCGAUAUCUCCCAUGUGGGUGGUAUCUCGGAGAUGCGCCGUAUUGCGGCCAUGGCUGAGGCUUACGACGUUGCACUGGCGCCGCAUUGCCCCUUGGGACCCAUUGCCCUUGCCGCCAACGUCCAGGUCGACCUUACCUCGCCGAACUUCGUGAUCCAGGAGAUGAGUUUGGGUAUCCACUACAACAGCACGGGGCAGGACUUGACGAGUUACACCAAGAACCCCGAGGUUUGGAAGGUGACGGAUGGAUACAUCGAUAUUCUCACGGGACCCGGUCUGGGUAUCGAGAUUGACGAGGACCAAGUUCGCGAGCUGUCCAAGGAUUCUAAGGCUUGGGUCAGUCCUGGAUUCAUUGGACCUGGUGGUGAGAUUAGAGAGUGGUAA